CCGACCAAUCCCCGCGCGCUGUCAGAGCUCGAGAGAGGAGGCAGCAGCGGACAGCGGAAUCGCAGAGAGGCGUACCGCACUGGGGGGUAAGGAGAGAGGAGCACACACCCAGCCGUCCACCCAUCCGUCGGUCCGUCCUCCUUCACCCCUCCCGGCCUAAGAGACUCGCGCACGGGCUGAUCCCUGCUUCCAGCUGCAGCUGUUCGGGCAAACCGGAGAAGCGCGAGGCAGGAUGCGCGAUGGGACAAGCGUGCGGACACGCGCUCCUCUGCCGUAGCCAGCCGCCGUCCUCUGAGAUACGUGGUCAGCAAGUGUUCCUGCGUCCUGACGAGAGUUCAGCUCCAGCCCUGAGUGCCAGACAGUCCACCACGCUGUCCGAACAACUCCAGGAUGCCUUGCUGCGGCUGGCGGCAGUUGUGGAUGCGCGCUCUCUGCGAGUGGCCCUUCGAGACGGCGUUCGGGAGCUGCUGCCCAGCACGGAGUGUGCAUGUGUCUACUUGCUGGAGGAAGACUCGAGGCUACUAUCUGACGACCCGCCACAUGAGCUGCCACAGGAGGGCAAGAUCAGGAGCAUCGCGGACCAGCUGAAACGAUGUCAGUGCACCGGCCUUCCUCCAUCCGAACUGCCAGAGAAGUACAGAAUCUGCCUCGCAGCGCCGUUACCAGCACACAGAAGAGCUGUUGUCAUUCCUAUCUUGGAGCAGGACAAGGUCAUCGCUGUCUUACUGGUGGGCUGCGGUCCACUAUCUGAUCAGGAUGAACUGCAUCUGAGCGUGCUGGAAAAACAUGCCUCGGUGGCAUGUGUGCGGGUCCAAGCUGUUCAGACAUCCUACCAGAGGCCUCCUUUCAGCCCCUCUCCACUACAGUCCCACAAUGCACUGCUGCCCCUCAAUGUCUCAGAACAGGACUACUGCGAGCUGGACCGCAACAUCCUGCAGCUCUGUGGUGAGCUCUAUGACCUUGAUGCAGCCUCUCUCCAGCUUAAAGUCAUCAAUUAUUUGCAGCAGCAGACUCGGUCGCAGUGCUGUUGUUUGCUACUGGUCUCUGAGGAUAACCACCAGCUAUUUUGCCAGGUAGUCGGAGACAAAGUCCUGGAAGAGGAGAUCAGCUUCCCGCUCAUGUUUGGACGUUUUGGUCAGGUUGUCGAGAAGAAGAAGUCAAUUACUCUUCAAGACAUCAGUGCUGAGGAGCGCAGGCAACUGUCCAGCAUGUUGGGCUGUGAGAUCUCCUCCAUGCUCUGUGUGCCUGUGGUCAGCAGGGCUACAGGUCAGGUGGUGGCACUAGCGUGCGCUUUCAACAAAGAGGGCGGGAAAAGACACACCGAGGCAGAUGAGCAUGCCAUCCAGCACUGUUUCUGCUACACUUCAACAGUCCUCACUUCAACUUUGGCCUUCCAGAAAGAGCAGAAGCUCAAAGUGGAGUGCCAGGCGCUCUUGCAAGUGGCCAAAAAUCUCUUUACACACUUGGAUGAUGUGUCAGUGCUGUUACAGGAAAUUAUAGUGGAGGCCAGGAACCUCAGUGAUGCAGAGAUCUGUUCGGUGUUCCUGCUGGAUCGUGUGAGCCAUGAGCUGGUGGCGAAGGUGUUUGAUGGUGGUGUGGUCAGUGAAGAGGAGAAUGAGUUUCGCAUCCCAGCCGAUCAGGGCAUUGCCGGCCACGUGGCGACAACUGGUCAGAUUUUGAACAUUAAGGACGCCUACUCUCAUCCUCUUUUCUAUCGUGGGGUGGAUGACAGCACGGGCUUCAGGACUCGCAACAUCCUCUGCUUCCCCAUCAAAGAUGAGAAUAACGAAGUCAUCGGCGUUGCUGAGUUGGUGAAUAAGAUGAAUGGGCCGUGGUUCAACCGCUUCGAUGAGGAUUUGGCGACAGCCUUUUCCAUCUACUGUGGCAUCAGCAUUGCACAUUCUCUGCUCUACAAGAGAGUCCACGAGGCUCAGUUCAGAUCCCAUCUGGCCAAUGAAAUGAUGAUGUACCAUAUGAAGGUUUCAGAGGAAGAGGUGACUAAGCUGCUGGUAUCUGGCAUCGACCCAGUGAACGAGAUUGACCCGUGCUUCGCAGAGUUCACGUACACGCCGCGCUCCCUUCCCGAUGACACCACGCCGAUGUGCGUUCUCAGCAUGUUUGAAGACAUGGGUUUCAUCAACACCUAUAAGAUCGACAUGCACACGCUCGCCAGGUUCUGUCUGAUGGUGAAGAAAGGCUACAGAGACCCUCCCUACCACAACUGGAUGCACGCUUUCUCCGUCUCACACUUCUGCUACCUGCUCUACAAAAACCUAGGGCUGUCCAACUACCUCGAGGAUAUAGAAAUAUUAGCGCUCUUUGUCUCCUGUAUGUGCCAUGAUCUGGACCACCGUGGCACCAACAACUCUUUCCAAGUGGCCUCGCAAUCUGUGCUGGCUGCUCUCUACAGCUCAGAGGGAUCUGUGAUGGAGAGACAUCACUUUGCCCAGGCCAUCGCUAUUCUGAACACUCAUGGCUGCAACAUCUUUGAGAAGUUCUCCAGGAAGGACUACCAGCGCAUGUUGGAUUUAAUGAGAGACAUAAUUCUGGCCACGGACCUUGCUCACCACCUUCGCAUUUUCAAGGAUCUGCAGAAGAUGUCUGAUGAUGGAUACAAUCCAAAAAGCCGUACCCACCACUCCCUGCUGCUGUGCCUGUUGAUGACUUCGUGUGACCUGUCAGACCAAACCAAGGGCUGGAAAACCACACGCAAAAUUGCUGAGCUGAUUUAUAAAGAGUUCUUCUCUCAAGGAGAUCUGGAAAAAGCCAUGGGUAACAGGCCCAGUGAGAUGAUGGACAGAGAGAAAGCGUACAUACCGGAACUGCAGAUCAGCUUCAUGGAGCAUAUCGCCAUGCCGAUCUACAAGCUGCUGUCUGAACUGUUUCCCGGGGCCACCGAGCUGUACGAGAGGGUGGCGGCUAACCGUGAGCAGUGGACCAAAGUGUCCCAUAAGUUCACCAUCCGUGGGUUGCCUAGCAACAACAGCCUCGACUUCCUGGACCAGGAAUACGAGCUGCUGCAGGCCCAGGGCGCUUUCGGGAGUGACGACCACUGCCUCAACGGCUGCCUCGACGACACAGAAGGAGGGAGGGGUCAGUGACGGCAGCAGGCUGCGGACGGUUUUCGUCGAGUUUUCUGUGGUCCCGUAAGAGGCUGAGGAUACCUUUUUAGUGACCUAAGAGUCACGGGUCUCCCUCUGCUGUCAACCACUUAGAUGCUUAGGAGGCCAGACAGGACGGGACAAAAGUUUCAAACUGAAUCAGACGAGCGAUCUGAAACGAGUGCUGGAGCCACACGUCUCCAGCUGAAGAUGGCAGAAGGUGGUGACUUUGUCUAUUUCAGCAGCUAUACCGGGAUAAUAGGUUUUUACCACUAGUCACAAGCUCAUUCAUACAGUACUGAUCCUGAUUAAGAUUGUAAAAACACACAGCUACACUGACACACACAUAUGUACAUGCACAUAGUGUCUCAAGAUGGAGGGGGGAAAAAAGAUUCAUUGUGACAGCAGAGACUACUUCAACAUGUAACAGUGAGAUGAAAGUGCUAUAGUUUCUGUAAAAUGUGUCAUAAAAGCUUAUAUUGAUUUAAAGCAGCUGCCAUAGCCCUCACCUGAUGCUUAUGAAUGCAUGCUGUAUGGACACCUCAUGUUUUAUUCCUUUUAUCUGGGUCAGUGUUUAUUUUUUUUCCCAUUAACUAAGAAAUGAAUGCACUCCAUUUCCAUCUCCACUCCGUCUCAACACAUUUUAGUUACAGCUUUUCAGGAUAUGUGUAAUAAUAAAUUCAUGACCAUCAAGAUGCACGGGGAGUUUUUGUUUCUUUUUAGUGAUUCACUUCUUGCUUUUUUAGGUGUUUAGGAGACAAUUUGACAAUCACUUAUUAAUGACAGACUCACUGAUCCCUGACCCUUCUUCAUGCAUUAAACACUGAACUCAAAAGACUCCCAACUUUAUUCUUCUCACCAUCCUCCAUCUGUCACAUUUCCUCUUCAUUUAGGUCAUUUUCUUUUCUUUCUUCUUUUUUCUAUUUUUAACUAACUUCCUCAUGAACCCACUUUAGGUAAAGAGUAACCAAAUCCCUUUAAAAGAUCCAUCUCAUCUGUAAGUGCAAAUGUGCCAGAGUAGAGUGUGUCAUCGAGUGUGUCAUAUGGAUCUGCCUUAUUGCGCAUCUUUGCUGCCUUUCUUAGAGCUUUUAAUAUAUAAAAAUUGAAAUAAAGAGUCUGUUUAGUAUGUAUGUUGUAUAUUUGUUAUAGAGAUAGCGUGAGUAUCGACGUGUUUGACUGAAUGAUCAGCUGAGAAGAUGUAUAUCUGUGAAAUACCCGUGUGAAGAACCUCAGAUGUCACAGUCGUCAUUUCACUUCUUUCUAUUUUAUCUGCACAGCCACCCUCGGGUGUCCCAGUCAGACAUAAAAGCGUUUUGUUCAGUUCUCAGUGCAUCCAGACUGGGUUUUUUUUUCUUUUUUUAAAGGAACUAGAGAUGUAGCCAUCACAGAAAUUACUCUUUCUUGGAACCAUCCAGCAGUUCACUAUUGCUGCACUCCAAAGGAAGCGUCAGAAAGUUAUGUUCUCAGCUUGUGCCUCAUAGAAAACCUGACUGGAGUUUUAUGUUACAGUACGCUAUUGCUCAGUUUUACCUUACGAUGCUUAAAGUAGGAAAUGCUGCAGAGCAAUGUGAGGAAAACCGCUGAAUAGUUACAAAGGGAAAGUGGACACCAUUGCACGUGGGCUGCACAGGGAGGGGGCGGGGGAUGAGUGAAUGUGUGGAUGGGCACGAGCGUCUACGUGGGUGAGAGAGAGGUAGUUAAGAGCAAGAGAGAAAUGUUCGGUGUAGCUCUACAGAGGCGGUGUUCACAGAAACGAGGCUGACACAAACCUCGAGUGAUCUAUCAGAAUUUCUUCCUUCUUCUCCCCCCUUUCCUUUUAUGCUGCCCCGAUAAUGUUAAUGGAAGAAGAUGAAAGCUUCUUUUCAUUUUUUUUUAAAUCACAGGUUACAAAUGUAGGAUUUCUCUUUGAAAAGUACCUUAUGAAUCCUCAUGGGAUCCUUUUGAAAAAAAUUAGUGAGGAGCCAUUAGUGAGGAAGGUUAAUCGCCUCUAAAAGUGGUGUGAUGUAUGUGUGAAACCAAGAUUGGGAUAUGCAUCAGCGCUAGCUCGAUGGAAGUGCUUGAUCUGCCGUGGACGAGAUAGUUUUGCUGCAAAGUUUCUAAAGGGCAUACAGACGUGUCUGUAUAAGAGCCACUCUCUCUUUCUUGAACUCUUUCUCUCAUUUUUUUUUUUGUUUUAUUUUUCAGUUAUUUCGAAACCAACAUUUCACAUGUACUUGCCUUUUUUUCCAUGUGCAAUAUAAAUUGUCUGCCUCUGUGACACUGCAUAGAUUCCUAUGUAAAUACCUAUGCCUCUUGUUAAAUUAUUGCUUUAGGUCUGAGUUGCCAAAGCCUUUUAAGUGUUAGAUCAUGAUGUUUCCAUUGAGAAAAGAAACACAAAUCAAUGGAGUGUGACAAUUUUAAUCCUAAAAUGCUUCAGUUUUCUAUCACGAUUGUGUAUCUGUCCUUUUUUGUUUGUUUGUUUUAGAGAGUCAGGGCUAAAUGUGCCAAGCAAACAUUUUCUACUUUCUUGGCAAGCUGCAAAGUGAAAAAGAAAAAGAAAACAAAAAAACACAAGAAAAAAGAAAAAAAACAGACAGAACUUAAAAUAUUUUUGUUCUCUAAUGUUGGAGUGUCGACGAGGGCUGUGUUCAUAUUUGACUUUUCCCGCUACGUCAUGACAGCUUGUCAAUGGAUUGUGAACACAAUCGAUUUCCCAUCAUCACAGAGCAGCGGGACUCGAACCUGUGACGUAACGUCAUCGUAACAAUCACCUGUGACAUAAUUGUUAAAAGUGGCAAAAAUAUAAUUGCUGUAAAUAUCAAGAGUUUCAAAAGAAAACGUUUCUUGAUCGUCUGUCAUCAUUUACAAUGGGACUUUUUUUUUCCAAUUCUGUAAUGUGUUUAAAGUGGUUGCCUUCUGUUCUCCUUUUCUUUCUUUCUUUCUUUUUUUUUUUGCUAAGCCAUUUUUGAACAACCCUAAGCUCAGACUUUAACAGAGGGGAUGAAAGAAAAUUAUAUGUUUGUUUGGGAUAUACGUAUAAUAUAUAACCCAGGCAAAUCUGAAAUGUAUAAAUGAUGCUUAUACUGGCCAAUAAAUCCAGGAUAUUCAUCUGUUAAUCAUUUGUUUCAUUGAGUUCUGAGUGCUGGUGAUCUUGUUCUUCGGAUGUAUUGAACAAGGACAAUUUUCAGAAGUAGGCAAAUGUGCAACAUUUUAAAUCCUUUUUUUUCUUGAAAUAAAUCUGGUG